AUGACGUCCAUAAAAAUAGAUAGAGAAUCUUUAAAUAAACUAAAUCACGAAUCAAUAGAAAUUCGUCUACGUACAUUAGAACAGCUUUCAUCAAAAUUACAUCGAGCGCUGGCGCUUAAUGGAACUAUUGAAUUCAAGCCUGGAGAUUUAUGUAAACAAUUAAUACGUUGGUUUGGUUUUCUGCCCAUACAACAGCCUCUAAAAGUGUUAAAUUUGUUACAGUCUAUAUUGGAAUCUCCAAAAUAUGGAUCCAAAGCUGUUGACAAAUUGGGAUCAGAACGAUUGAUUAAAGAAUUAAGAAAAAUCCAAACUUUAUUCGACGACCAUAGUUCAGAACAUAAAGUUAUUAGUAAAAUGAAAGAACUUUUAAAAAAUCAAAGACUACCAGAAGACAAGACUGAAAUUAGGAAACAUUCAGAUGAAUUGGAAGAAUUAAUUCAAUCCGCUAGCAAUAUGAAAAUCGGUGGCGAAAUAGGAGAAUAUAACUUUAAAGAUUAUGAAAUUCCAUGGUCUCUUCCAUCUCCUUCAGAUUAUACUUCAAUGAAGUUUUUAUCAGACAUUUUAAUAAAUAAAUUUGCUUCAACCACAGAAAUUGAAAAUGCUAUACAGCACUUACAACUAAUCAUGUUCGAUUAUCCAGCGGAGUAUUUGUUGCAGGCACCACAUAUAUUUCAGAAUCUUUUAAAAACUUAUGAUGAGCGCAACAAUGAAAUUCAACCUAUUGUUGUCGACGUGGUGGCAAGAGCCUUGUUGCAAUUUCUUAUUAUUUUAGAAAAGCGUUUAAAAAUUUUAAGAAAAUCGACGACAUAUCAAGAAAAUAGGAGUGAACAAAAAACUAACCAAACACCUUGCCAACUCAAGUUUGAAAAAGCCUUAACUGCACUUUUCGAUGCUAGCGUUUUUCAUUUGGAAUCGCAUUCAGCUCAAGGCAAUGUAUCGCCAUGUGUGUGGCAGAUAAUUUUUAUGGUGUUACAGCUAAUAGAAGAAGUCAAUAGGGAUGUGGAAAUUUUAUGCUUGUAUAAAAUAGCAUCUAUUGUAGCCAACCUAAGUAUCAAGUUCGCGGAGACAGAACAUUGUGCUCGCCUUCGUCUACACCAAAUGUUAUUAAUAUUUAUAUUACAAGAUGUUGCACGGGUGAUUACAGUUCGAAAUCCACUGAAAGGAGUUGAGGUUUUUGAACCUAUACUGCGAGAUUAUACUAUGAAAAGCUUUUAUAGUACCCGCCAUGAAAUUAUAGAAGCACUUGUACUAAAAGCUGAUAAGUCCCUAAAUCAAAAGUAUCAAAUUCUGAAAUUAUACGAGGGGUCAUUCGAGACAUCUAUAGAAAUGUUAAUAAAUAGAUCAAAUAUGUCUUGUAGUGAGCUGAUUAAAGAAGGCAAUUCUGUAUGCACUGUUUUAGAUAUGUUGCAGAGUAAACAGUUAAUUGAUAUACUAUUCGGUGCAGUUGUCCAAGGUAUUCCCCUUUAUGCAACAAAUGUUCAACUGAAAGCACAAUCUAUUGAACUAUUAUUGAAAUUAUUAAAUCUUACUUUUAUGCCAUUAAAAAUACACUUAUAUGAAAAACUCAGUGUAGCAUUUAAAAGACACAUUGGUUGCCUAAUGACCGGUGAACGUUAUGCUGUGGAGUGCUCGAACGCGGACCUUUUAAAGGCACAUAUAGUUGGUGUACCUUUAAGUACAGAACUUUUGUUGCAAUUUGUUCACGAUAGUUUUGAGAGUUCUUGUGAUCAAAUUCAAAGUAAUUGCUGCAAAAUCUUGGAACUUUUAUUGCAAUCACAAACUUUAUUUGGUACAAAUUGGUGGAGUCUGUUGCCCAUCGUAGUGCCUUUACUGCCAUUGCUUAACUGUUGUACUCUUUCUGAAAAGAUGAUGGACUUGCUUCUUAAACUUUACGAUCCCGAUUUAAGGCAGCUGCCUUAUGUCAGCGUUUUGCAAGGCAAUUUGGGAUUUUUAUUUCAUUCGAACGCAGAUAGACGUUCGGAAGCUCUAACUCGAUUAAUAUAUACACUAAACAGUUUAAAAGAUGCUGAAAAGUAUGAGCCAAAUCUUAUUGAAAUUAGCGACACAUUACCCAAUGAUAUUUGCCUCCAAAAUACAGCUCGGGAAUAUAGAAACAUUUUUAGCGAUCGUUUACCAGUAAGAUGCGAUGUCGUGGCAUCUUUGAACAAUUUACUGGAUUUGUUGGAUUCGCCAGAUGUAGAACCGUUAAUACGCAAAACUAGCUUAAUGCAAAUAAACGUUUUGUGUUGUAAUUGGCGCAUAACUGCCGAACUAUGCAGUGUUGGCGCCUGCUACUUAAUACUGAAGGCUAUAGAGAAUGCUUUGCAGAAGUCAUCUGGAUUAGAUUAUCCAGAUGCUGCUGUUCCGGCCAUCAGCAUUUUAAAUAAAAUAAUGCUGUACGAUGCAUCAGUUCGCUGUGAAUUAGCCGAAACUCCAAAUAUUUAUGUAUUACUUGUGAGGGCCCUUAUGAUGUUCCAUCACGACAUUCAACUUCGUCAGGAUGCAACAAUGUGCUUAUUUCAGUUGCUCUUUUCUGCACAGCUAAUAUCUACGGAGAAUUGCAUAGAAGGACCUUUCAUAUUGGGCAAUAUCCAAAUACCACUGAAUAUAAACUUGCGUUCAGCUUUAACUAAUAAAAUUCAGCAGGAGCCAGAAAAAUUGUCCUCAAUGUUUGCUAGUGCACUGGAAGAAACUCAAUAUUGGCGAAUGGUAGUAGCAUCCACUUAUUGCGGAGGUCUUGCUAAUAUUACACAAAAAACGUUACCUUUGCUAGCACAACUGGAUGUUAGAAAGGAUCUUAAAUUAACCAGUCAAGAUGUUCGUCUCAUUCGUGCUACUCAACCUGGUGUGUCAAUCAAUCGUUUGCUCAACGCAGCUAUCAAUGCAACAGAUCAUAGAUCACUAAUCCAAGCUUUUCAACUUCUAAAACAACAAUUGAUAGUACCUACACUUAAGGAUACUUUUUCUGUGAAUGACGAGUUUUGCUUGCAACUGAACAUUAUGUUGAAGAGGUAUUUACAAAUGCCACCAGGCAAUAACAACGAUUUAGAAUUAUACGAAAAUUUACUUGAUGUUACAAACAUAAUUUUUGAAAUUCCACUGCUGCUGGUGGUUUUAGAGAUUUUUAAAAUUCUGAUUAAAGAUCCCCGUCAUGCUCUAGUUGCGAUGAUCACUCAACGUGAAGAAAUUCCUUUACGAAUUUUCCACAAAAUUACAACGCUCCUAAAACACCUUGUAAAUGAACAUAAACACGUAUGUGAAACGCAUUUCAAUGCAUCCGAAUGUAGCACUUUCUAUAGCAAUUUGUUUGAUCUGUUUAUUGAGCGUUGCUUGCAAUUAUUUGAAAUACGCGAUUUGCAGCGUGUCCGCUGUUUGCUGUCCCUUAUUGUAGCUAUGAGUUCAUGUCAGCUGGAUAUGCCAGAUCAGUUACUAUUUUUCUACUGUCGUCGCUUUGCUCAACUGUCGUUGGCUUUGAAAUCAUUCACCCAAACUGGUGCUCAAUGGCACCGAGAUUGUUUUCUGGCCAUUUUACAAUUAUGUAAUCAAAUGGAGAAUCCCACAGAGAAUUUUCGUCUGACUGCAGGCUUUGUAAAGUAUUUAAGUGGUUUAUGUGGACACAAUGAUGUUGAAGUGCGAACAUUGGCAUGGAGCAUAUUAAAUGUUAGUGCAAAAACAAAAGCUCUUGAGAUCUCAGGAACAGAACGAAAAAGUUCGGACAUAUCUGGUACUGAUCUACUGGUAAGCGAACUCUCUUAUUUGCCCGGCGGAUUUAUGGCCUGUUGCCUUAGCACAUUGUUGGAUGCGGAGGAAGCCAUAUGUGUUCGCCACAUGGCUGGUCAAUUAAUGGCCACUUUGAUUCGUUCUCAGGAGCAAGUGGAAGAAAUCGAAAAACUGGUUGAACAACACAAUUUUACACGUUCAGCCACAGAAGCACUCACUUUGACUGUUUGCAUACUUGAGAAGGAAUUGCCAAUUGACUUGGAUGCAUCCACAACCAAUGUGACUACAUAUGAGCUUAUCAGCUGUUAUUCACUAAUAUGUAUUGAACUAUCGCUUCGAUCUCCUGACUUUCUCAAAGAACUGUGUACGAGAUCACUUAUGUUCAAAUUAUAUGAAAUACUUAAACUGCCUCCGCCAGUAUCCAAACAUAUUGGGUAUUUAAAUAUGAUUGGCCACAUAUGCCAGUUAUAUACGAUGUGUUACUCCAAUAAUUUUGUUUUCCUGCAACGUACCAUUUGUCGUGAUGCUGUAUGGCUUAGUAGUUUUUGUCAAAUAUUGUUUGGAAUUGUAGCGCCAUCUGAAGAAAUUUACAAUAUUAUUAACAUGCUGCAGUUGUUAUUGGUGUUAUGUAAAGAUUCAACAGCAUUGGAACUGCUUUCGAUUAAGCUGCAGGACUAUAGCGCUGAUAUUGUUAAUCUAUUUCAAGAUGCUCUCAUCGCUAAGAAUCUCAAUACACGUCUACAAGGUUGCUCACUAUCUGUAUUAAAUAUUCUCUUGAUAAAAUCUCAACCUGAAAUCGAUAAGGAUCUAAGUAUUCACAUUCAAACUCUGUUCGAGAGUGAACGUGUUUUAAUCAAAUCAAUAAGAUGUAACGAUGAUUUUGAAAGUGAUAAUAAGGAAAAUAAUGAGAACAUAGGAAAGGAAAAGAUCAAUAAAAAAUUCAAUGAGAAUAUUGUGAAGGAUAAUAAACUGAACAUUGCUGCAAAUAAAAUUGAAAAAUCCUCGAUUUCGGAGCAUUUGUGUAUAUCAUUAAUACGACUUUUUACACACCUUUAUCCGACUAAAGUGUGUAAAUUUUCCACGCCUCCUAAUGCAAACCAGCAACAUGUUAUCGAAACAUUAGCCCUACUUUUAAAGCAAUCCCCGGUUGCGCAGGAAACAGCACAAAAUCUCAAAUUGCAGGUUAAAGUUGUAAAGAUUUUCAAAAAUUUUCUAGAUGAAUUUGCGACAACGUCUUGCACGACAUAUGUAAAACGGAACGGGGAGAAAAAGAAGAUGGCGGUUAUAAAAAAUAUUCAACUCUUGCUAAAACUAUUGAUCAGUUGGUACUCGUCGGCAACAAUGAUGAUUACGGAUAAUGUUUUAGCAGUGGAUUAUAGUAAAAUUCUAAUUCAAAUAUGGCCUUGGUUGGCCCAUUCGAACGAUUUGAAAUUAACAGUUUUGCAAGUCUGUGCAUUUUUGAGUGAGCGCUCGCUUGUUGUUUGUAAACAGUUUUCUUCUCUCAAUAAUGUUUCGUUUCCACAUUCCGUUCUUCAGUUGGUUGCAAAAAUGAUGACUGCCGAUACAUUAAAAAUCAAAGCGAACAGCACCGACUGCAGUCAACUUAUUUCCGCUGGCCUACGGGUUUUGAUUAACUGUUGUUCAUGUAUAGAAGGAAGAACUGCUCUUAAUAAGAUCCACGCAUUGGAUAUAUUUGACAGUCUUCACCCAUUCAAUCCUAAGGCCACACAAUUAAAAUUGGAUAUUGUAAUCGCAUGGCUUGAAUUUUGGGAAUUGUUUUCUCGUUAUGAUGAAGGAGCAUCAUCGCAUCAUUUAAACGCUUUGUGUUCCGUUGUAAAUAAGUCGACACCAAGCUGUGCUCGACGUAUAAUAUCAUUGCGCAUUUUACGUAAUAUGGCUUUUUUAAAUAGCAAUCGGUCCACGCUUAUAACAUCAACCGAUUUUAUUUUUACCGUUAAUGAGAUUGUGUCACAACCAAUUAAAAGUUCCGUCGAAGAACAGUUUAUUGUGUGUGUGGCUCUAUGGAAACUAAUUUCAGGAGGCAUAAAGUUUGUCGCUAUGAUUCGUGGUACUAAAUUAGCAAAGCAUCUGAGGUUGCUGAAGGAAAAUCUCACAUGCACAGAAGACGAAAAUGAUGAGACCAUAGAAUAUUCCAAUGAUUUAUUAAAUGUUCUGAAUGUUAUGUUUAAGAUAUUUAAUAAUUAAAAUGUAUGUCAUUGAAAUAUA